AUGAGCGAAGAGAACAGUGCAGGCAGCACCGGAAAUCUCCAGGCCCAGGAAAUUCUGGCGGAAUUAGACGGAGCAAGCGAGGCUGAUUUUGCAGCGAAUAGAGAAGGAAGACCUGCCCUGUACAAACUAAAUGCACUCUCUUCCGUCUACGGCAAACUCGUAAAAAGAAAAAAACAAGAAGAGCUCUUGGACAUGGGGCUUCUCUCCUCCCUGAAGAAGUGGCUGGAGCCAAUGAGCGAUCACUCCCUGCCGCAUGACGACGUGAAGAAGGCUGUUUUAGAGAUAUUAUACCAUUUAGAGCCGGAAGUUGACCAUCUCCAGGAGAGCAGCAUAGGCCGGAUCGUCCUCUUCUACUCGAAGAACCCGUACGAGAAAAAGGGCAUCCGGAGACUGGCCCGGCAGAUCAGCCUCAAGUGGAUAGAACUCGCCACAGAGGACGAUGCAGAAGGGUACUAG